AAUACAUUUUUGCACAAAACACAAUUAUUUUCUAUUUUGGGAUAUCAGGGUAUAGACAAGAUUUUAUUAUUAGGAAAAGUAGAUAUGGCGAAUAUUUUGAAUGAAAAAUUUUAUAAUUCAAGAAACUAUAUGCCUAAAAUAUCAAGAGGGGUUUUAUAUAGUGAUGAUGAUAAUACAGUUGAUGAUUAUAAAGAUUAUAAAAAUAAAGAUGAAAAAUCAAAUAAGGAAAAUCAUAAUAUUUCAGGGAAUAAAGAAAAUCAUGGAAACGAGAAUAAUAUUAUUAUAGAAGAUGGAAAUCCAGAGAUAAGUUUUUUCACAAACAGAGAAAAUUUAAAAAUAGCAAAAUAUUCCUGGAAACCCAAAGAAGAAAAAACUAAAGCAUAUAUUUUUGCUCUACAUGGAGUUACUACACAUUUAAGGAAUCAAUAUUUAAAUUAUCAUGGUAGACCCGAAUGGGCUAAUAAAAAUGAAAAGACAAUGAAGGAAUGUUCUAUUAAUCAUAAUAAUAAGUUGAGGAAUAGUUGUUCUCAAUCGAAUAAUAUAUCUGAUGAAAAAACUGAGAACUGUUUUAAAUCUAAAGAUAAUAUAUCAAAUAAAAUUAAUGAUGAAAAUAAUGUUAAUAAAAAUGUUAAUUCAGAAAAUGUUUCAAAUAAAAAAGAUUUUAGAAAACCGAUGGACGAUGAUAAUGUUUUAUUGUUUACCGAAGGUGAUAAAGAUAAUUAUGUUUAUAAGAACUUUUAUUAUUGUUCAAAAUGUGGUCUUUCAAAAUAUUGUAAUUGUGGUAAAAGGACAAUGUCCUAUGAAAAUAGUUGGAUUCAAUCAUUAAAUGAUAAUGGUUAUACAUUUUGUGGUAUUGAUAAUCAAUCACAUGGAUUAUCAGAGGCGUCAAGAAAUGAACGAUGUUUUGUUGAAGAUUUUGAAAAUUUCGUUGCUGAUGCUGUUCAGGCAUUAGAAAUAUUUGUAAAUGAAUGGAAAGCAAAAAAUGAAUUAAGACCUAUAAUACUUAUGGGUACAUCUAUGGGUGGAUGUAUAGCUGUAAAAAUGUUUGAAAGAAUAUAUGAUGAAAAAAAAGAAUGGAGAAAAUAUAUUAAAGGUUUAGCACUAAUAUCUCCUAUGAUUAGUAUAGAAAAACAAACAAGAACAUUUUUUAAUAAAAUGUUAAUAGGCCUAGGAUAUAUACUUAAAAAAUUUUUUCCUCUUUAUAAAUUUAAAGUUUUAGGUAGGACUUUAAAAUAUCCAUGGGUUAAACUGGAUGAUGAUAAAGAUCCUUAUCAUUACCAUGAAGAAUUAAAAGCUGGUAUAGCUUUAGAAUGUUUAUUUGGUACCUAUUCAUGUAUGAAAAGUAAAAUUUUAAAAUAUAUAGACGAAAGUGAUAUUGAUAUUAUAGUGUUACAAUCAAAAUAUGAUAAUAUAGUGGAUCCGACUGGUUCUGUAAAUUUUGUUAAUAAAAUGGUUAAUAUAUAUAACAAAAAAGAAGAAGAUAAUUCAAAUAAUAAUUCAAAUAAUAAUAAUAAUAAUGAUAAUAAUAAUGAUCAUAUAAAUAAAGAGGGAAAUAUAAAGUCGCAUACUCAUUCAAAUAAUAUUAAAAAUAAUGAAAAUAUAUCAGAAACUAUAAAAAGUGAGGAUGAUAAAAAUUUGAUAUCGAAUAAAUCAAAUAAUUUAUCUAACCAAACAUGUAAAUAUGAAAAAGAUUAUAUAAUUCUAUCAGGAGAGGAUUUAAAAGGUGAGGAUAUUUUAUGGAAACCAUGUGAUCAUGGACAUUAUAAAAAUUAUAAAAGGAAGAAGAAUUUUACAAAAAGUGAUUUAAAAAAUGAAAAGGAUAAGAACAAUUAUAAACAUUUAAGUGUACAUAUAUUAAAUUAUGGUUCGCACAAAUUAUCAUGUGAGCCAGAUAAUAAAAUAACGUCAUCGAUAUUUGUUGAUUGGCUUAAUAAUAUAUUUAGCUAA